AUGUCGGAGCCAACAACGGAGUCAGACGUUUCCGGAUCGAUCUCAAGAAAAGAGGACGGAUUCAAGAUAUUCGACAAAUGCGACGCCCUGGGUAUGAUGAAUGACAUGAUUGCAAAAAUCAGUCGGAUUGGAAAUGUGUCACGUGAAGAAUCACAAACUCUACUCGGCCAUUACAACUGGAAAGACGAUCUCCUGUUGACCAUGUUGAAUGAUGCUGACAAGUCUCUCAUUCAAAAAAUCUGUACUGUUGGCUCUUCCGUAUACAAAACGGGAGAAUGCGCCGUAUGUUCCGAGCAAAAAUAUGUCACUGGAUUCGGCUGUAGCCACUUUGCCUGCUGUGAUUGUUGGAAACUAAACUUUUCUACGAGAAUCGAUGAAGGAUCUUCAGAAAUUGAAUGCGUUGGAUGUCAAACUGUCUGUAGUCUAGAUGUGGUCAAACACUUUUCAAAUGAGAAUUCGUUUCAAAAGUUUGAGGAGAAUGGCUUCCAAAAUUUUCUGGAAUGCGUCGAUAUUAAAAAGUGUCCGUCUGAAAAAUGUCCAAAGUAUUGGAAAAGAAAAACCCAUCUGAGUAACCGAGUUAUCUGUCAAUACAACAUAUAUCACUGUCCGAUGACAUGUCGCCAACUUGCCAUGUGGAAUAUGAAUAAAGAGGUAGACGAAGAAUCUAGUAAAUGGUUGGAUGAAAAUUCAAAACAAUGCCCCAAGUGUUCUGUUUCAAUCGAAAAGGCUAGCGGAUGUAAUCACAUGAAAUGCCUAAAAUGUAAACACUCGUUUUGCUAUAUAUGUUUAUUAAACUACUCGAAAGAUCAUAAUGGAUGCUCUACCCUGAAAAACAUUCGAAAGAAAUGGAACGACCUACAAAACAAGAAAGACUUCUUUGAAUUUUGUAUGGGCGAGUUCAAAAAAUUUGAACAUAUCGAAAAGGAUUUGAAAGGUGCUCAACUCCUAGAGCAUAUCGAGUAUCUGAGAUAUUGCAAAUAUUCUGCGGCGUCGGUAUCAUUCAUGAAGUUGUCGAUUUCACGUUCGAAAAUCACACGACUCCUCCAAAACUUGUACAAAUCUUUUGACGGGAAUGAUAUGGAAUCUGUAGGAAAAUUGAGCAAAGAUCUCGAAAUUGAAAUAAAAUCGGCGUUGAGAGAAUCGAACAACUGGGACUACGUAUGA